GACUCCUCCUCUCUCUCCUGCCACCGCCGCCUCCCAGAGCCCAGCCUUUCUCCCAGCAACUUCUCCUAGAAAUCUCGAACCCGUCGACUCACGGUCUCGUCUGCCACGUUAAAUGGCAGAUGGUACCUACAGGUUCCAGCAGCCUGGGGCCGGGCAGUUCUUCUUCCAAACGCAAACACAACAACACAGUCACCAACGUCACCUCGUUCGAAACGGAACCAACUCCCCCACUGGAAGACUAAAAUUCAGCCACGACACUCCUUCUCCCUCACGCUCCCCUCCUAUCAAUCAAGCAGCUGCCCUGAAUCCAUUCACUAUGUACACCCAAACCCACCAAGGACAACAUGUCAUGAUGAAUGGCAGCCAGGCCCACCAGCGGUUUGGCAUGCAGAUCCCUAAGUUCCAAUCGCAGAGCCAUCACCCACAUCCUGCACAGCAGCCCCAUCAUCACGCUCACCACAACCAAACGUCCCACAGCAUCAAUCACCAGCACAACUUCUCCAGUGGAGCGUUGGCCGCCGCUACUCCCCACUUCACUCCAGGUCCCCUUCAGAACGGUGCUCAUGUCAACGUGGAAGAAGACAUCGACGAUACCCGGAACGAACAUUGGCAGCUCCAGCUCCAGCUGGCUGCGGAGUCGCGACAGGCACACUCUCCCCAUUACCAUGCCCGCACAGUCGCACAGCAAGCCAAGGGCAUCCCCAUUGCGCCCUCCGAGCCACAAGAGAAUGGGGGUAGCGAUCGCAAUGGUCUAGUCAAAACCAAGGCUGCUCCGAAGCAGGGCUGGUUUGCUCUUGAUUUUGGUGGUCAGGGCCUACGCGCACUUUCGACAUCUUUGUUUCACUAUACUUUCCUUGAGAAAUUGUACCUAAACCACAACAAGUUGAAGACAAUCCCUCCGUCGAUUGGGCAAUUGCGGAAACUCACGCACUUGGACCUGUCAAGCAACGACCUCACAGAACUCCCGGAAGAAAUUGGCAUGCUUACUAGUCUGAAGCAGCUUCUUCUCUUCGACAACAAUAUCUGCACGCUCCCUUUCGAGAUGGGCUAUCUUUACAGAUUAGAGAUGCUAGGGAUAGAUGGAAACCCGUUGAACGAAGUCCUAAAAUCCCAGGUUAUCAAGGAGGGAACAAAGGCAUUGGUUCGGUAUUUGAGGGAAGAAAUGCCAGUUCACCUUCCACCCCCCGAUAGAGAUUGGAUCAUCUUGGACGAGACCGCAAGCUCCGGCAACAAUCCCAGCGAGAAGAUAACCGUCCUUUCACACAAUGCUCUCUGCGAAGCCUCUGCCACACCGACCCACUUCGGAUAUACUCCGUCCCGUGUUCUUUCAUGGGAAUUCCGACGUGAGCUCAUUCUGAGCGAAUUGAGAUCGCACGACUCGGACAUCAUUUGUCUGCAGGAAAUCGACCAAGGCAGUUACAAUGGCUUCUUUAGAGAACAGCUAGCCUACAAUGACUACAAAGGUGUAUACUGGCCCAGAGGAAGAGCCAUGGGUAUGCAGGAGGAAGAAGCGAAGUUGGUCGAUGGCUGUGCCACGUUCUUCAAGGGAAGCAAGUUCAUCCUGCUCGAUAAGCAAGUCAUCAACUUCGGUCAAACAGCCGUGCGGCGACCGGAUGCAAAGGGCCAAGAUGACAUCUACAAUCGACUGUGGCAGAAGGAUCACAUCGCAGUGGUAAUCUUCCUGGAAAACCGGCUGACAGGCUCCCGCUUCAUUGUCGUGAACGCGCAUCUCUACUGGGACCCGGCCUUCAAGGACGUCAAGCUCAUUCAAACCGCCAUUUUGAUGGAGGAGAUCACCAAGCUCUCCGACUCAUACGCCAAAUGGCCCGCCUGUACCGACAAGACUGCCUUCCGCUUCUCGGAAGCAGAAGGUGAGUCGGAGACUCCGCCGCCUGAACCUGCGCCGUCUAUGGUGUAUUCCAGCGGCGAUCAGAUUCCGCUCUUCAUGUGCGGAGACUUCAACUCAUCGCCUGGGUCGGCAGCAUACAACUUGGUCGCACAAGGCGGGCUCACGGAGGCGCAUCCGGACCUCGAAAAGCGGCUGUACGGUAAUCUCAGCCGGGUCGGCAUGACUCACCCGUUCAAGCUGAAGUCGGCAUACAAUUCGAUUAACGAGCUGAGCUUCACCAACUACACCCCCGAUUUUAAAGAUAUCCUGGACUAUGUCUGGUUCUCAUCUAAUUCGCUGCAUGUCUCGGCGUUACUUGGGGAGGUGGAUAAGGAGUAUUUGCAGAAGGUGCCUGGGUUCCCCAAUUUUCAUUUUCCAAGUGAUCAUAUCGCAUUAUUUGCGGAGUUUACCGUUAAAGGGAAAAAGGGCAAGGUUGUGGAAGCGGAUUUUGGACCGCAACGGAAUUGAGGGAACGGAGCAUGUCGAAUCUUACGAGACUGGUGUUUGUGUAGCCGGUUUAUCUUGUUAUCUCGGAAUCUUUGGGGGCCUUUCGCGUGUCUGUGGUGUUCUUUUACGUUGUCAUGCUCUUGCCGCAUCUUGUGCUUCUUUUUUUCCUUUCAUUCUUCUUGCGCCUUUUCUUCCAUUCUUG